AUGUUCAAAUUUUCAUUGAUGAUAAUAGUUCGGCCACAACUAGCCAAAGAGAAGAUAGAAGGAUGCCACAUUUGCACAUCAGUCACACCUGGGGAACCCCAAGUUAUUCUUGGAAAUGACAAAGCUUUCACCUUUGAUUAUGUAUUUGAUACAGAUACACAGCAAGCAAGUGUCUAUCAGAGUUGUACAGAAAAACUUAUCGAAGGCUGUUUCGAAGGAUAUAAUGCUACUGUUUUGGCAUAUGGCCAGACAGGUUCUGGAAAAACGUAUACAAUGGGAACAGGUUUUGAUGUCACUAUCACAGAAAAUGAACAAGGAAUUAUCACUCGUGCUGUUCAUCAUAUUUUCAGGUGCAUUGAAGAAAAAAGGCUGGCUGCUGUUGCACAGAGGCAACCACCACCUGAAUUUAAAGUCAGCGCCCAGUUUCUUGAGCUUUACAAUGAAGAAGUCAUUGACUUGUUUGAUACAGCACGAGAGAUUGAUGCAAGAGGUAAAAGAUCGAACAUUAAAAUACAUGAAGAUUCUACUGGUGGAAUUUAUACAGUAGGAGUAACAACCCGUAUUGUGACAUCAGAAGAAGAGAUGCUGCAGUGUCUGAAGUUGGGGGCUUUGUCUCGUACUACCGCCAGUACUCAAAUGAACGUCCAGAGUUCCCGAUCCCAUGCCAUUUUUUCCAUUCAAAUCUGCCAGAUCCGCUUCUGUCCACAAGAAUAUGGUGAGGGUAUAGUGGAUAAUAAGAUCCGAGAAACUUCGGAAGUGAAUGACUUUGAAACCUUGACUGCCAAGUUUCAUUUUGUUGACCUAGCAGGAUCUGAGAGAUUAAAACGCACUGGAGCUACAGGAGAGAGAGCCAAAGAAGGAAUUUCCAUCAACUGUGGGCUGUGUUUUAACAACUUACGAGAUCAUCCUUUGACGGAGCUGUGGCGGCAACGUGGUCCCAGCCCUUUUCCAAAAGAUCGAGACUGGCAUAAAGCAAAAGAAAAUACUGCUAAAACAUCAGAAGAAAUGGCUAGCCAACAAGAUCAAAUGGCAGCUCAGACUGUGAAAACUAAACUUUCCCGGAAAAAGACAACCUUUAAAAGGCAAAAAACUUUUAAAAAUACAGCACAAGUCCAGCAAGACAGCCCUAAGAUCCAGAACGGACUGUCCUUACUCCACUAA